AUGAGUGGUUUUUUGCUCGACCAAGACUCAAACCCAAGCCGAGACUCUUUCCAAAUGAAAAAUGACCCACGCGACAGCCAAACGAAGGACGGUCGGGGCCGGAGUUCGUGUAAGCCGGACGGCCACGAUCUCCAGCCCGGCAUACCCAAGAACAGGGUCGAAGCUUACCGGAGCCUUAGCGCUGGAAAGGAGACCCGGCAGCGGGUCGUUGGCCGCGAUGCUGGCGUGGUGGCCGGCAGCGAGAAGCCCGAUCAACGGAGGUGUUUCGGGCACCGGUUCUGGGCAGGCCGACCAGGCCUCCCCUUGGCUGCUCUGCGGAGGGUGUCCGUGCGCAGAGGUGCAGGAGAGGAAGAAGGAAGGAAGGGGGAAACGGAGAAGCGGCCUGACCCAGACGAAGGGGAAAGAAAAGGGGCUGGGUUGGAAGUCCUCGAUCUCAAUAGUUAUUAUUACAUGGGUGAUGUUGAUGACAUUCAGUGGGUUUACAUGGGUGAUGUUGAUGACAUUCAGUGGGUUUCCCAUCUUCAAGCAUUAAAGUACCUUGACAUGAGCGGCCUGCAUAUUGCUAAAUAUGGAGACCCCAUGCGGGUGAUCAGGAAUAUUCCAGAGGCAUUAGGAGGAUUGCAAGGCUUACAGUCUUUAGAUCUUAGUAACAAUCUUCUAAAUGGCACCAUUCCACAUAGUCUCGGGCAACUUCAAAAUCUUGAUAGGUUAGAUCUUUCAAGAAAUUCCUUGAGAGGAAUAGUUUCCGAAAUCCACUUUGCCAACCUCUCGAAGCUAGAGUACUUAGAUAUCAACAACAACUAUUUAGCUUUCAAGGUGGAUUCCAAUUGGAUACCGCCUUUCAAUUUGUCUUACAUUGGGAUGAUGUCUUGCGAUUUCAAAAAGGAAUUUCCACAAUGGAUAAAAACGCAAGUCAAUGUAGAAGAGAUAGUGUUGUCCAACUCAUCCAUCAUAGGAGCUCUCCCUGAUUGGCUAGGUCUCAUGUCAAUCAACUACUUGCAUCUCUCUUACAACCAAAUAAAUGGAUUUCUGCCAAAAUUUCCUUCUUAUCUGCAAAUGUUAGAUCUCUCUCACAACUUAAUUGCAGAACCUAUUCCGCAAGAUAUUGGCCUAGCGGUGCCUCAUAUGACUUCCUUGAAAUUGAACGAUAACCUCUUAAGCGGUCCAAUACCAACCUCAUUAUGCAAGAUGGAACUUCUGUAUGAGUUGCACCUUGCAAGGAAUGAAUUAGUUGGCAAAAUCCCUGAUUGUUGGAAGGUGCAUCCUAUGAAGAUUUUCCUUGAUCUAUCAUCCAACAAGUUGUCUGGAGUCAUACCAAGUUCUUUGGGAAAUCUAACUGGGCUUGGGUCAAUAUACUUGAGCAACAACAGUCUCCAAGGAGAAAUUCCUGUGACUAUGAACUAUUGCGGGAACUUGCUAGUUUUGGAUCUUGGUAUGAAACUGCCCAAAAACGUAGAUGAAGGCAAUGCACUUUCCCCUGCUUAUGAGGCUGAACCUUCCGUGAAUGACUCGAUGCUGCUGGCCUUGGUCGAAAUUUUGGAAGAGACGCAUGUGGAGCAGGUCAUGAAGGGAUAG